AUGACUACUCUAAUACAAUAUUUCAGUAGUGAAGCAUUUAAAUUAUACUACGAAACAUGCCCGUUGAGUCGUUUAAAUUAUCUAUUCAUUGAAAUAGUCAAUCAUCAUACCGCGUCUAUGCUGAUUGAAUUGAGUCGUAAACCGCCUACACUAGUGGAGCGAACACUCUGUUAUCGUCUUAGUCGUUUAGUUCAGGUGAUUCAUGAGAUUAGUCAAUUCUGUAAACAAUUGACUGAACAUUUGAAAUCAUUACUUUCCAGUGUUGAAGAUGGAAAUAAAAAAUUGAGAUUAAUUUUUUAUGAGAAUAUUUUAAAUUACUCAAAGAGUAUAAAUGAAGUACCAUUGGUGUAUAAAAUUUCACAGAUAUCAAAAUUUGUGAGUGAAGCCUGUCAGUCAAGCAGAUCUGAAAUGCCAAGGCUGAUAAGGUCUGAGAAUGGUGGUACAGCAGACCAGGAUAACAGUAAUUCGAACUCUAAUAUGAAUAUGGAAAUAUUCAUUUGUGAAUUACACGUUCUAAUUGAGUGUUUGCUAGAAUGUUUAUGUUAUUUUACCUUAAAUUUUCAAAAACAACUUCCACAAUUCUUGGAUUCACCUGGAUUCACAUCUAAUCCCUUAUCAUCACUACUGAAUUCAUCUCAGGCAUCAGCAACCUCAGUAGUACAGCCUCUAGAAAUAUCAUCACUAUUAUCAUCGGAUUCAGUACAAGUAUUAAUCGAUAAUCUUUUGGAAAUUGAGUCACACCUACCAAUGAAAUACAAUGACCAAUAUAAUGCAGCCCGAGUGCGAUUAUCGAUGAAGAUGAAUAUAUAG